CGCGCUUUCGCCGGUUCCGGGGACGCGCCCUCGGGAAGGCUCGGCCUCGGAGAGCCCGGGAACUGCUGCUCUUGCCGAGCUGCACGGGAAGUCGAGUCCGGGGCGCUUCUCCAAGGUUGGAGAGGACACUGCACAAGUUCACACUGGGCAAGCAGAAGCUGAGACCACGGAAAUGACAGAAUCCUAUGUGAAGAAGCUGUCCUUCACCCUGCUGGAUGCCAUCACUGACAAGGACCCUGUGGUACAGGAGCAGGUCUGCAGCUCUCUCUGCUCCCUCGGAGAGGCACAGCCAGGGGAGAUGCUCCAUGCUUGUGAGAAAUACCUGCGGCAGCAUGAUAAGCUGGCCCAUCCUUACCGCGCAAUGAUCCUGAGGGCCAUGGAGACAGUCCUGAGCAGCCACAUCCACAAGCUGGACAAAGACACAGCCAGCACUGUCAUCCUCCUGGCUUCGAGUGAGAUGACCAAGACGAAGGAACUAAGCUGUGACUGGCAACAGGCUGCAAGCAAUGUCCUGGUGGCUGUGGGGAAACAGUUUGUCAACCAGGUGAUGGAGGAGGUUCUCAGGAGGUUCCAGCCUGGGGUUCUGCCUCACUGCUCAGUGCUACAGACACUUGCCAGCCUCUCAGUGUCCAAUGUUUUUGGCAUGGUCCCCUUCCUGCCGUCUAUCCUGAGCACCAUGCUGCCCAUGCUGGGCAUGGCAAAGCAGGACGCGACGAGGGUGGUGUUCUGUUGCGCUCUCCAGCACUUCAGCGAGAGCACCCUGGAGUACUUGGCCAACCUGGACCAAGCCCCGGAUCCCACCGUCAGGAAGGACGUCUUUGCCACUGACAUCUUCAGCGCCUAUGACAUCCUUUUCCACCACUGGCUGCAGAGCCGAGAUGCUAAGCUUCGGCUUGCAGUAGUGGCAGCUCUUGGGCCCAUGAGCCACCUACUGCCCAGUGAGAAACUGGAGGAGCAGCUUCCCAAGCUCCUCCCAGGAGUCCUCAGCCUCUAUAAGAAGCAUGCAGAGACUUUUCAAGUAUCCAAGAGCCUGGGCCAGAUCCUGGAGGCAGCAGUGAAUGUGGGCAGUCGUACCUUGGAGGUUCAGCUCGAUGCCCUUCUGGCGGCUCUGCAUGUUCAGAUUUGUGUGCCUGUGGAGUCCACUAGUCCCCUGGUGAUGAGCAGCCAAAAGGAAGUUCUACGCUGCUUCACGGUACUGGCCUGCUGCUCACCUGACCGCCUGCUGGCCUUUUUGCUGCCCAGGCUGGACACCAAUAAUGAGAGGCUCCGUGUGGGCACCCUACAGAUCCUGAGGCACGUCAUCAACUCAGCCGCUGCUCAAAUGCAAGUUAAGAAACCCUUCAUCCUGUCUUCCAUGAAGCUUCCUCUUCUGGACACUAACAGCAAGCCUGGGAGGCCAGGAGCCAACGGUGAGGACCAGGCGACAGACAGUGUGCGGGCCGUCAGCGUGCGCACUCUUUACCUGAUCAGCACCACGGUGGACAGGAUGAGUGACGUCCUCUGGCCGUACCUGCUUGAGUUCCUCACCCCUGUGCACUUCACCGCAGCCCUGACCCCACUCUGCAGGAGCCUGGUGCAUCUGGCUCUGAAGAGACAAGAAACGGGUGCAGAUGCCUUCUUGGUCCAGUAUGACACCCACGCAAACCUCCCAUCUCCCUACGCUGUGACCACGAGACUGCUGGUGGUGUCUUGUAGCCCCUACCUGGGGGACGGGCGGGGGGCAGCCUCCCUGCGCCUCCUGAAGGUUCUGCAUGGAAGCAUCUACCCUUCUCUGGGCCAGCGGUGGGAGACAACUGUGCCUCUGCUGCUGGAGUACCUGGAUGAGCACACUCAGGAGACACUGUCACAGAAGGAAUGGGAGGAGAAGCUGCUGGUGUUCCUGCGGGACACACUGACCGUUGUUUCUGACAACACGUGGAUUUGCCAGCUCAGCCAGGAGAUGUGCAGGCAGCUGCCCUGUUACAGCAAGACACCCCAGGAGAAGAACUUCCUGUAUAAAUGCAUAGGAACUGCCCUGGCUGCUGCUUCAAGCAAGGAGGUGGUGGGAAAACACCUCCGGGAGCUGCUGGAGACAGCCAAGUACCAAGAGGAGGCAGAGCGGGAGGGCCUGGCCUGUUGCUUUGGGAUCUGUGCCAUCGCCCACCUCGAGGACACUCUGGCACAGCUGGAGGACUUCGUGAGGUCAGACGUGUUUAGGAAGUCUACUGGCAUCUUCAGCAUUUUCAAGGAUCGAAGUGAGCACGAAGUGGAAAAAGUAAAGAGUGCUCUGAUUCUGUGUUACGGGCACGUGGCCGCCCAGGCCCCGCGAGAGAUGGUGCUGGCCAAGGUGGAGUCGGACAUCCUGCGCAACAUGUUUCAGUGCUUCAACACCAAGGUUCUGGGAAUAAAGGUAGAAACCAAGGACCCGGCCCUGAAGCUGUGCCUUGUCCAGAGCCUGUGCAUGGUCGGCCAGGCCAUCUGCAGCAGCACACAGGCCAGCUCCUUCUACUUCUCAAGGAAAGCGGAGCUGGUAGCGCAGAUGUUGGAGUUCAUCAGGGCAGAACCCCUGGAUGCCCUGCGAACACCCAUUCGGAAGAAAGCCAUGCUCACCUGCACUUACCUAGUCCACCUGGAGCCAGCGCUGGAGGAGCCUGCCCAGGCCGAGGUGAUCCACAGCUGCCUGCGCAGCGUCAUGGCCCUGCCUCCUGAGCCUCAGGAGGAGGAUGGCACCUGCCAGGAGCCCCUGUAUCUGGACACGGUCCACGCCCUGGAGGACUUGCUGACCAGCCUGCUGCAGCGCAACAUGACCCCCCAGGGCCUGCAGGUCAUGGUCGAGCACCUGAGCCCGUGGAUCAAGUCCCCGAGAGGCCACGAGCGAGCACGGGCCCUUGGCCUGAGUGCCUGCCUGCUGCAGUACUUCCUGGAGCACCUGCAAGUCAGUGCCCUGGUGCCCUUCCACAACCUGGGCCUCCUUGUCGGCCUCUUCUCCCCACGAUGUGCGGACAUGUGGCUUGCUACUCGCCAGGAGGCAGUGGGCUGUGUCUACUCCCUGCUCUACUUACAGCUGGGCUAUGAGGGCUUCUCUAGAGACCACCGUGAUGACGUGGCUGAGCGGCUCCUUGCUCUGAGAGACGGCCUCGCGCACCCGGACCCCACCAUCCUCUUCCACACGUGCCACAGCAUCGCCCAGAUUAUUGCCAGGCGCCUCCCACCUGACCAGCUCAUCAGUCUCUUGCUAACCAUGUUUGAGAGCCUGGGGGACCCUGUCAAGAACUGCUCCCGAGCAGCCACUGUCAUGAUCAACUGCCUACUGAAGGAACGCGGCAACAUGCUGCUGGAGAAGGUGCCUGAGAUUGUGAGUGUGCUGCGCUCCAAGCUCCAGGAGACCCAGGAAGACCAUGUCCUGCCGGCUGCCCAGCACAGUGUGUACCUCCUGGCCUCCCAGCACUGCGCGGCCGUGGUGUCCAGCCUCCUGGGUAGCCCUCUGCCCUUUGACAGCCACACCUGCGCCCUGUGGCGGGCACUGGCCGUGGAGCCCAGCCUCACCACCCAGGUCCUGGGGCUGCUCAUGGAGAAGAUGCGCAGGGAUGUUCCGUUCAAGGAGAGCCGGACUUUUCUGCUGGGCAGCACCCCUGACCGAGUGGCCACGCUGCUGCCCCUGGCGGCCACCUGCGCACUCUACGAGGUCAUGUCUGCGCCUGCGUCUGCGCCUGCCGUGCUUGAACUCUACCCCCAGCUUUUCGCAGCGCUCUUGCUGCGUGUCAGCUGCACUGUCGGCGUCCAGCUGCCCCGGACCCUUCAGGCCAAGGAGAGGAGGAGCACGGGCCCUGCCCGGCCGGCCAGGAACCUGGAGCCCUGCAGCUCUGCAGUGGACGCCCUACAGGCCCUGCUGCUCUGCGGAGGCAGUCGGGAUGUGGUGCAGUGCAUGGAGCAGGAGGGAGGCUGGGAGAUGCUCAGAACCCCGGCAGGACACGAGGACGGGGUCACACAGUUGGCCAGUGCCAUGGCCAGGUGUGCGGGCCCCCGGCUGCCGCUGGUGUUGAAGGCACUCACAUGCACCCAGAGCGGGGUGUACGAGGUGCAGAGGACCACCUCCACAGCCUUCCUGGCCCAGCUGCUUAGCAGCAAUGUCGUCAACGACCUCAUGCUUCUGGAGUCACUGCUGGAGAGCCUGAGAGCCCAACAGAAGGACCCUAGCGCCAGCGUGCGGCGCCUGGUACUUCGGGGCCUGGCCAACGUUGCCUCUGGCGCCCCUGACAAGGUGCCAGCCCAUGGACCCCAGCUACUGACAGCCAUGAUCAGUGGGCUGGACGAUGGGGACGACCCCCAGAGCCUGGUGGCCCUGGAAGCCAUGCUGGGGCUCGCCCGGCUGCUGGAGCUCGUGGAGCCCGGGGACCGGCGCUCGGUGCUGCUGCACACGGCCAUCCGCAUCCGGCCCUUCUUCGACAGUGAAAAGAUGGAGUUCCGGACCGCGUCCAUCCGCCUCUUUGGGCACCUCAACAAGGCCUAUCACGGCGACUGUGAGGACGUUUUUCUGGAGCAGGUUGUGGGUGGGCUGGUGCCCCUCUUGCUGCAUCUGCAGGACCCUCACACCCCUGUGGCCAGUGCCUGCCAGUUUGCCCUGUGCAUGUGCAUACCCCACCUGCAGUGUGAGGAGCUGGCAGCGGCCUUCCAGAAGCAUCUACAGGAGGGCCACAGCCUGCACUUUGGGGAGUUCCUCAACUCCACCUGCAAGCACCUGAUGCACCACUUCCCCGACCUGCUGGGCCGCCUGGUAAGCACCAGCCUGUUCUACUUCAAGAGCAGCUGGGACAGUGUCCGAGCUGCAGCGCCCCUGUUCACAGGGUUCCUGGUGCUGCACGCAGAACCUGAGCACAGGCCACAGGUGGACCUGGAGCAGCUCAUUACAGCACUGCGUCUCCUGCUGCGGGACCCAGCACCCGGGGUGAGGGAGAAGGCUGCGGAGACGCUGGGCCGCCUGGUGAAGUUUGCCUGAGGCUGGGCACGCCACGCAAGCAAGACUAGCCAGGAGUUGCAGCACACGCUCGCCUCAUUCUCAAUAAAGCCAUUUCCUCCUCAGCGCUGCUAAGAGGGGAGAGGG